AACUGUCUGCAUUAGAUGCACGUCUGUGACCAGGGGCAGACUGACCAUUUGAACACUCGGGCACUGCCCGAGGGCCUGGGGGUCAGUAGAGGGCCCUAUGAGAUGUCCCUGGUACCUUUUUCAUAGACUUUUUUGAGUUUGGUCAAGGACACAGGGGCCCCAUGAUCCCCUAUUGUCAGGCCCGGGGUCAGUAGGGGGCCCCAUGAGAUGCCCCUGGUACCUUUUUCAUAGGCAUUGAGUUUGGGCAAGGACACAGGGGCCCCAU